UAUCACUUGGAGUAUGAUUAAAUCAGUACAUGGGCCCGAGGACACGUAGUGGCGAAUGAUUACAUCGGAGAUCCUGAUUGGUAUAAUUGAUAAAAACAGAUGGAAGGAUGAAACGUUCGAUUCAUGUGAUUCAUUAGAAACACAGAUUUGUGUAAAUGUGCGAUAGUAAGUGGAAUACCUGGCCAACACGUGGGUACUGACUGGAGGUUUCAGGACCACGCCUGCACAUACACUUUCUAAGGAACAGGAAUUCUCGCCCCAGUCUUCAAGAAGAUUAAAGUUUGAGUCAAAGGGUCUACACACUUUUAAUGUCAGUGGAAAUCAAACGAGAGGAGAAAAUGAGCAAGUCACAAAAGACGCAUGCACAUAGUAGUCCUCGGACCAGAAGUGCCACACCGAGUUAUAUAUCACCACCAGACGCUUUAAAACCAUUGGACGAAAAAACUUCCAACAAAUUCCAGAAGUUAUUCUCAUUCGCUGAAUUUUACAAUAAUGAAAAAUUAAGCGAUGUCCAACUUAAAAUUCCACUUCCGGAUGGCACAUGCCAACGCUUCCAUGCUCAUAAAUUUGUCCUAAGCGCUCGGAGUGAUACAUUUGCAAAAAUGUUAACAGUAGAGGGAAAAUGGAAGGAGAGCAAAUCUACUGAGUUCACGGUAGACAUUGCCGCCAAUCAAGCCGAUGUAUUUUACCGAUUUUUGUACUUCCUGUAUAGUGGGACGGUCUGGUUGCAUCGCUCUUACAUAUGGCCGCUUUACCAACUAGCCGACUUUUACAUAGUACCAGAACUACUUUUCCUGUGUUUUGAUAUGAUGAAAAACAAUUUAAAACCAGAUAAUGGUAAUUUCCUGUUCUCCUUAGACGCCAUUCACCAGAUUCACAAUAGAUCCCAAGAUGAAACCAUCCGAAAACUUGCCGAGAGUAACAUGCAGGCGAGAUUCGAGAAUCUCGUUAAAGAGACCGAUCUUUGGCUGAGCCUAUCAAAAGAUCUGGUCAUCAAGGUGCUCAAAGGUGACGGUUGUUAUGCCUACGAUGGCGAAGACGCUUUGUAUGAGGCUGCAUAUCGCUGGGUUACCAACUCUAAAGACAGGGACUCCGUUGCCGUUGAUGUCUUAUCUUAUAUCCGUUACCCUCUCCUUAGCAGGGGAGUGCUCUAUAAGGCAUUCAAGCUUAACAAGUACACCACGACCGACCCUGGUUUGAAAGCUAUGGUGCAAGACGCAAUCAAUUACAAAUGUUUCUCAAGCGUCAAAGAAGCCGAGAAAGAUUUCACUGGUAAACAAUACCAGAAAAGAGACAAGAAGUUCAUAAUAUGGAUAUAGAAAUUGAGACUUCUUAUUUGUAGGAAAUACUAAUAAUCCAUAGUGUGUAAUUAAAUUGAUUGAACAUGUCUUCUUUUUAUAUGCUUAAAUUGAAUCAUAUUGUCUAUUUAUACAUUAUUAGGACAGCAUACAUGUGUCUUCAUAGCUGAUAUAGUAUAUAAAGUGUGCAACGUGUGGACGGGACAGAGGUUUGAUGCAAGAACAAUAGUGUUAUCCGGAUUCAUACAUGAUUCACUCAGAAAGAAAUUCAUUCCUUUGCAACCGAUCAAUUAUGCAUGAGCGCUCCUUAUAUGGUCCUUCAAGCCUUUAACGGACAACAGUAAAUUGGAAAAUCCCCUCCUCCUGAAUCCAUACGCAAUGCAAUACGUAAAAGAGACCAACUUGGGCAAG